AUGCAAUUGACUACAAAAUUUAUAUUAGCUAUAGUCUCGUUUUGUCUGUUCGCUUCUCCCUCAUGGGCUGAAAACAACGCAAGGGCUACGCCAGGCUCCGAUUUACUCGUUCUAACUGAAAAGAAGUUCAAGUCAUUCAUCGAGUCCCAUCCUUUAGUCCUUGUGGAAUUUUUUGCCCCAUGGUGUCUGCAUUCCCAGAUCUUGCGGCCUCAUUUGGAAGAGGCAGCCUCCAUUUUAAAGGAGCACAAUGUCCCGGUCGUUCAGGUCGAUUGUGAGGAUAAUAAUUUGGUUUGUCUGCAACAAACCAUAAACACUUACCCAACCUUGAAGAUCUUCAAAAACGGUCGUCUUUUUGAUGCUCAAGUUUAUCGCGGCACCAAGAUUACUGCUGAAAUUACUCAGCACAUGCUGCAAUUAUACGAAGCAUCCGUCAUUUACUUAGAUUCUGAAGAUGAAGUUCAACCAUAUUUAGAAAAUACUACUUUACCGGUAGUCAUAAACAGAGGCCUAACAGAUUUGAAUGAAACAUAUCGAGAAGUUGCGCUGGACUUGGCUGAUGAUUAUGUCUUUCUAUCUCUUUCGGAUUCGAAGAACAAAUCGUUGUCAGUCUACUUACCGAAUGUCACCGAGCCUAUCCUGUUUGAUGAAAGUGUGGAUGCUUUUGUUGGAAAGCCGGACACUUUGACUCAAUGGUUGAAAGUGGUCGUUUUACCCUAUUUCAGCGAUGUCACGCCUGAUCUUUUCCCUAAGUACAUUGCUAGUAAUUUGCCGUUGGCGUACUUCUUUUACACCUCUAAGGAAGAGCUGGAUGAUUACACUGAUGUUUUUACACAAUUGGGUAGGGAAAAUCGUGGUCAAAUGAAUUUCAUCGCAUUAAACUCUACCUUAUAUCCACAUCAUGUCAAUUUCUUAAACAUGAGGGCACAGUUCCCAUUAUUUGCUAUUCAUAAUAUGAUUAACAAUCUGAAAUAUGGAUUACCACAGCUACCCGAAGAAGAUUAUUUGAAGCUUAAAGCGCCACAUCCAUUAGACAAAGAUAUGAUCGCUCAGUUGGUCAAAGACUACCGGGAAGGGACUGCCAAGCCAAUUGUCAAGUCAGAGGAAAUUCCAAAGGAACAAAAUUCCAACGUUUAUAAGAUAGUCGGUGAGACACAUGAUGACAUUGUUCAUGAUGAUAACAGGGAUGUUCUUGUCAAAUACUACGCAACAUGGUGUAUCCACAGUAAGAGGUUCGCACCUAUUUACGAAGAGAUCGCAGAUGUCUUCGGCUCAGAUGAAUCUAUCCGCGAUAAAAUCUUGAUCGCCGAGGUAAAUUCCGGUGCAAAUGACAUUCUAAGCUUCCCUGUCACAGGAUACCCAACUAUCGCCUUAUACCCUGCAGGUAAUAACUCCAAGCCUAUUAUCUUCAAUAAAAUCAGAAACUUGGAAGACGUAUUUGAAUUUGUAAAGGAAUCCGGUACUCACCAUAUUGACGGCCAAGCAAUUUAUAAUGAACUACACAAAGUUAAGGAUCCUGAGGAGUCUACACAAGAUACUGUGCAUGACGAAUUAUAA